AUUAUUACUGUAUAUUAUAGGUAUUGAAUAUUAUGGUAAUUUAACUAUCAUCAACAAUUGGUUUACUGUUUUAAAUAAAAUUAUUAGUUCAAUAGUUCAGUGUGUUUUAUUAUGUAUUUUUAAAUAUCUAAAUGAUAAUAUUGUCUCGUAUUUUUCGAAAAUCGUUUUCAAACAGUCUUAACUUACCUGUUCGUUUUAUAAACAUGGUGAAGUAUUUGAAACAAGACGAAGCUAUUGACAUCGAUCAACAGUUGUUUAACAAGUACAAAUUUAGCGUGGACCAAUUAAUGGAGCUCGCCGGUCUGAGUUGUGCCUCGUCUAUAUACAAAUGUUUUCCACCAGAAAAGUAUAAAAAAGUUUUGGUUCUCUGUGGACCCGGAAACAAUGGUGGCGAUGGUUUGGUGGCCGCAAGACACAUGAAACUGUUUGGAUAUUUCACCGAAGUAUUCUACCCUGUUCGUACCGAUAGGCCUCUUUAUCAUAACCUCGUUAACCAGUGUACGAGCUCUCAGGUGACAGUGUCCAAUGAGUUACCAUCCAAUUUUGAUCAGUACGAUUUGCUAGUCGAUGCAUUGUUCGGAUUUAGUUUUAAACCGCCGGUACGUCCAACCUUUGUACCAGUUAUAGAUGCGUUGAAAUCAACCAAUAAACCUAUUUGUAGCAUUGAUGUUCCGAGCGGUUGGAGUAUAGAAGGGAUUCCUGACGAUGGUGGUAUCAAUCCAGAACUGUUGAUAUCGUUAACAGCUCCAAAAGAUUGCGCCAAAAACUUCAAAGGCAAGUAUCACUUUUUAGGUGGCCGAUUUGUGCCCAAACAGUUGGAAGACGAGUAUAAACUUAAUUUGCCUACUUACCCUGGCACAGAAUGCUGUGUACAACUAUAAGUUAGUUAUCUAGUAUCCUUGGAAAUUAUUGUCUACUGUUAAUAAUUGUUAUGACACACUAUUUAUUGUGGCAUUCAAUUAAAAGCAAUAUUUAACAAGAACUUAAUUUAUAUCUAAAAUUAUGUGAUAUAUAUUUAUAUA